ACUGAUUUUUAAAUGACACUACUUAAAAACCUUUUCUUUUGUUAAAUUAAUUUGGACAGUUGUCAUAACUUGCACUUACGUGACACAAUUGCUUAAAAAAUGAUACAUAUUUACAUUAUUACAUACUAUAAAUAUAGCAUCAUGCAAUUUCAUUUUGUACACAUUCCUAGCCAACUUUUGCUUCUCCCCUUCAAUAAUCCCACCGCCGCCGGCGCCGCCGCCGCCUCCACGGCCACCACCACGGCAAACAAAGAGCUAAAAAACCUUUUCCACUUCAUCAAUUCAACCCCUUAAUUUCUGCAAACAUGGUUCUAAAACCAGAUGAUCAUCCUUCCUCUCUCAUGGCAAACUUCCUCCGGAGCUGCGGCGGCUCCGCCGUCAUCGACGGCGGCCUCGCGACGGAGCUGGAACGCCACGGCGCCGACCUCAACGAUCCUCUUUGGAGUGCUAAGUGCCUCUUAAGCUCACCUCAUCUGAUUAGAAGGGUUCACCUGGAUUACCUUGAAGCAGGAGCAAAUAUAAUUAUAUCUUCAUCUUAUCAGGCUACUCUUCAAGGCUUUGAAGCUAAGGGAAUUUCAAGAAAAGAGGGAGAAGCCUUGCUAGAUAAAAGCGUUAAGAUCGCGUGCGAGGCUCGGGAUAUCUACAACGAGAGAGCCCCAAAGGGCUUCUGGGAUGCUUCGGGAGACAGAGUAGCACAGCAACGCCCGAUUUUGGUUGCUGCAUCGGUUGGAAGCUAUGGCGCGUAUCUCGCGGAUGGCUCCGAGUAUAGUGGGAGCUAUGGAGAUGGUGUGAGUUUGGAGACUCUGAAAGAUUUUCAUCGUCGAAGGGUUCAGGUUUUGGCUGCAUCGGGGGCUGACCUGAUCGCGUUCGAGACCAUUCCAAAUAAGCUCGAGGCUAAGGCGUACGCGGAGCUUCUAGAAGAAGAGGGCGUGAACGUUCCUGCGUGGUUCUCCUUCUCGUGCAAAGACGGGGCAAAUGUGGUGAGCGGUGAGGCAGUCGAAGAAUGCGCCUCCAUUGCUGAUUCUUGUGAACAAGUCAUUGGAGUUGGAAUCAAUUGCACUGCACCAAGAUUCAUCCACGAGCUCAUCCAAUCGAUACAAAAGGCGACGGGUAAACCUAUUCUCAUAUAUCCCAACAGUGGUGAGACUUAUGAUGCCAAUAGAAAGGAGUGGGUGCAAUCGAGCGGGGUUUCGGAUGUGGAUUUCGUGUCGUACGUGAAGAAAUGGCGCGACGCUGGGGCUGCCCUAGUCGGGGGCUGCUGCAGAACUACACCGAAUACCAUUAGAGCUAUUUCUAAGGUCCUCUCAAACAACUGAUCGGAACGUAUAUACUGUUGGAGAUGGUCUGAGACGACAAGUCAAAUCGCGAGCACUUUUUUUUGGGUUUUGGCUUAUGUAACUUGUAUGUAUGAACCUGUGUAAUUAAGAUGCAUCAAUGUAUUAGUGUGCAUAUGUUGCAACUUGAAGAAAUGGUAUGGUUUCUAAAUUUCAAGAAA